ACAUUAUUGUAUUGACUGUUUCUCCACAACAGCUCCACUGUGGCCACCAGGGUCAUUAACUGUAGAAGUAGUACUGCAUCUCCAUACUUCAGAAAGUUGUAAUUGAUUUAAAAGUUGAAACAUUAAUAUUAAUGAGGUGUUUGGAAGUUGCCGACAUCAGCUGCAGGUUCCUGUAUAUAAAGAAAAGGUACCUCAAGCUGUUGUCUUCAAAACCCUGGCUCCUGACCCCAACGUGGGCUGCUGGGUUUCACUCUGGGCCACAGGAACAUUCUUCACAGCAGUUGUGUUCUAACGUGCCACUGUGUUGAUGAACUCAUGUUUGGCUAAUGUUGCAGAGGCAUCUGUGAACUCAAAGUGUGGGUCCUGACCCUGACUGGACCCUUUGAGAACCACCUGAUUCUCUCAGUAACUAGGCUGCAGUGGUAGUACGCUAUUCAAAACCAUGACUUCAAGUUGUUCAAAUGUCUUUGAGGCCUCGUAGCCUGGAAUCCCAGACCUGGGAAAACAAGGUAUUUCCCAGUUGGACAGGAAUGAAUCCAAAGUACCUUUGAACCAUUUUUCACAGAGGCAAAAGACGCCCAUUAAAAAGUUCAUUUCUUACCCAGACACAUACAUAACUCAAGCCCAUGGUGUGAAGAGCAGAGAGAUGUUUAACACAAACACAGCAGCCUAAUGAGCCGCGGUGAUGAAUCAGUGCUUAUUACUUCAGAGGCCGUUGGCUUUGAAUGAACACUUAUUUCUCCCGUGAUCUAACCAAAGCCAGCGGUCUCCUUUUUCAUGCCACUACUUUAAACCAAUAAGAUUGAACGUAGCUCUCCAUCCGACCAAUCAUAGGAGAUCCGAGGGAAAACGCUGCUCCUGGAGCCGUUGUACCGAUAAAGCAGCAGCAUCAUCCUCCUCUUCCUCCUCCUCCUCCUCCUCCGCGGCGAAGCAUCGCUCGUGCAGAGGUUCUCUGUGAGAGAUGGGACGCAGGAAGUCCAAGAGGAAGCCGCCGCCGAAGAAGAAGAUGACGGGGAACCUGGACACUCAGUUCACCUGUCCAUUCUGUAACCACGAGAAAUCCUGUGAUGUCAAGAUGGAGCGGACUCGGAACACGGGGAUCAUAUCGUGCACCGUUUGUUUGGAGGAGUUCCAGACGCCGAUAACUUAUCUGUCCGAGCCCGUCGAUGUCUACAGCGACUGGAUCGAUGCCUGUGAAGCAGCCAAUCAGUAGUCACGUGUGUUUUCUCACGUGUGUUUUCUCACCUUCGUUUUCUCACGUUUUCUGUCAUCUUCAAUGCUUUUUCUGAACAGGACACACGGCCUUCUGGCUGGGCCAGAGGUUUGACCUGUUGCUAUGACGACAACACCUUAAACUCAGUUCUCUAGUUUGUCAUUCAGUUAAAAUAGUAUUAUUUACUUGACAUUAAACCUCUUUGUAUGUGGAAUAAGUUUUAAAACACCAGCAAGUGUCGAGUUCAAAACGUUUUUGGUUAAUGACACAGUGGUAAUAACUCAUUAGUUUUCAGCAGCAUGUUUUAAACUGUUCAAUUAUAACAUUUUUUAUUGAUUUAAGUGUAUUUUAAUGUUGUAUAAAUAAUGAUUGCAAAACA